CAGGGAUAAAUAGGGAUUUCGGGGCAGCCUUUGCUCUUUCUUCCCUUCCCUAGAGGGCCUCACGGUUGCCUGUCCCGCGUGCCCAAAGUGGGGACCUGCCUCUCGCGGAGCUGCCCGGAUAAUCAGGGGCGGCAGCGAUGCAGCCCCUCAGGCGUGUGCGGAGCUUGGCGGUGGAGCUGGAGGACGGGCGAGCGUGGGGUGCCUACGGCAGCGGGGAGCUGCUGCACGGCCGCGUGCGGCUGGAGCUGCGCGGUGCGCUGCGGCUACGGGCGCUGGAGGUGUGCGCUCGCGGGCGCGCUUUCGUGCACUGGCUGGAGAGCCACAGCGUGGGGCUCAACACCGUCUACCACGACUACACAGCCUUCCAGACCUUCCUGUACCGCCGCUGCCAGCUCAUCCCCGACAAUGGUGAAGUCACCGUCCUGCAGGCAGGAAGGCACGAGUUCCCCUUCACUUUUCAGCUCCCGGAGACCCUGGCUACCUCCUUCGAGGGAAAGCACGGCAGCGUGCGCUACUGGGUGAAAGCCAAGCUGCACAGACCCUGGUCGACGGUGAAGAAGGUGAAGAAGGAGUUCACCGUGAUCGAGCCCAUCGACAUCAACACACCUGCGCUGCUGGCUCCUCAGGCGGGUGCUAAGGAGAAACUUGCUCGUGCCUGGUACUGCAAUCGUGGCCAGGUUUCUGUGACUGCCAAGAUAGACCGAAAAGGCUACACCCCAGGUGAGGUCAUCCCUAUCUUUGCUGAGAUCGACAACUGCACGAGCCGGGCGGUGGUGCCCAAGGCGGCCAUCAUCCAGACUCAGACCUUCAUCGCUCGGGGCACCAAGAAGCAGAAGAAGUCGGUGGUGACCAGCAUCGUUGGCGACUCCAUCGCAGCGGGGAAGCGGGAAGUGUGGCACGGGCGGGCACUGAAGAUCCCACCGGUGGGGCCAUCCAUCCUCCAGUGCCGCAUCAUCCAAGUGGAAUACUCCCUGAAGGUUUGUGUGGAUAUUCCUGGGACGUCCAAGCUGCUCCUCGAACUGCCGCUCGUCAUCGGAACAAUCCCUCUGCAUCCGUUUGGGAGCCGCACGUCCAGCGUCAGCAGCCAGUACAGCAUCAACCUGGACUGGCUGAGCACCAUCCCGGAGCAGCCGGAGGCUCCCCCUGAAUACUCGUCAGUCGUGUCCAGCCCAGAGGCUGAGCAGAGCCUGGCUCCGCCGUGCCGCAGCGAGCUCGGCGGUGUCCUGGAAGGGCCUUUCUUCGCCUACAUCCAGGAGUUUCGCUUCCGGCCACCUCCGCUGUAUUCGGAGAUUGAUCCAAACCCGCCGUCAGACAACAUCCGUCCACGCUGCAUGACCUGCUGAGAGAAACACCUCGGAUGUGGCUGACAGCGUGACAACCCGUCGGGUUGAAAACUUGCACCCUCGCAGCCCUUCGGUCUGGGAACGGCGCCCGAGCGGCGGCUGAACGACCGGAGCUGCAGCGCUGAGACCCCGUCUGUGAUCGCUGCCCUCCGUGCUCCUGCCGUGACUGUCCCACAGGCUGACACCGAGCUGCAGGGCUGGCUGGUGGCACGGACUCGUGCGUGGUAGGAGAGCACGUGUGAAACCCUGCGGUGUGAGCAGUUCGGUGGGACGCGGAGGGUUAAUCACCGCCCCAGCAUUUUGGGGUUCGGAUGGGACAUUUGGCACAAGCCAAGAUUGCUCGCCCCUUGGCUGCAGUGGCUGUGCUCUGGCAACUCCUGUCAACGGAAAACGGGAGCUUGGAGGUAUUUUUCAGGAUUACUAGAGAAUAUUUUAUAAUCUUGUGCUGAGUUCAUCCUGUGGUGGUGCGGGGUGCAGCCCUGCUGCUGCAGUAGCUCUCCAGGACUGCAGUGUCCUAAGAAAGUAACAGGCCUUUUUCUGGCCAGAUGAAGCAGAGCCUUUGUCCGCUGCUGAGAAAUGUUGCCACGAGCCUGGUGAUGCCUGCAGGGGGGGAAUGGUUUGAGCUGCCUUAACAGCCUGGCCAAAAAUGUAAAGACUUCCAUGGAUUAUUGUCCGGGCAGAGGACUGGGGGGGGGGACGAAUUUGUUUCCAAAGCAGCAGUGAUCUGCGGUGGCAUUUUGGUGCCAUUUACCAAGAAUGUGAAAGCCGGUUCCUGCCUGCUGGCCUCAAACGUGCACCGUGUGCUGCCACCUCCCCCCAGGCUGGGGCUGAAAACCAGCCCCCUGCCCGCCAUGCCGCCAUGGGGGGGGUCUUGCUGGGCUCCGUGGUGCCCAAGGAAAUGAGAAAGAAGCCUGCUCCGAGGCUGGCAGCAGCCACAAAAGCUAAUGGGAGCUGUGGAGUUGAAAUGAGCCCUCCAGGGCCAGGAGACCUGCUCAGGAGGGGCCUGAUCCUGUGCCCGCAGAGGAGCCAGCAGCCCCGGCAUGGGGAGGAAGGCACAGCAGCAAUUUGUGCUGCUGCUGUGGGAGCCGAUGAGCCGGGUGCUGCCAUGUGCCUGCUGGGGCUGACCCCACACCCUCUGGCACGAUCUGGGCAGGGUUUGGGGGCUGGGGACCUUUGCAUUCCCUCUCUGAGACAAUCCCGAUGGGCACCCACAGGGCUGCUCACUUCCCACGAGGAGCCAAAGCCAAGCGAGCCUCAGCCUCUGUGCUGGGACCGCGCUCGGCUCACCGGGGAUUGCUCAGAGGACUUUUUUUUUAUAUCUGUGAACACUUUUAUAGCGACCACUCUUGUCUCUGAUAUUGUUCUUUUUGUACGACUUUAGGUGGGGGAUUUUUGUUUGAAAUAAUAAAUUCUUUACACCCA